AUGGUAAUUGGUUUGCAAAAUCACGAAUAUCGUUUACAGUUGCCGUACGAUUUAUAUAUGACGAGUGCGAAAUGGUGCGAGCAACAAUUAGGUUUAAGCCUAAAUACAGUUAUUGACUGGAAUAAUUACCUACGCGAAGUAUGUGCAAUGGCUGUUGAAAUUAAACCACAAACAAAAUUAGGUGGACCGAGGAAAAUCGUCGAGAUCGAUGAAAGUCUAUUUUCGAAAAGCAAAAUUAGCAAGAUUAAUAUCUUACUGAAUUUGUUUGGUGACAAAACAUUGGAGACGAUACACCAUUUGAUAAAAUUCUAA